UAUUAGAACUGUGUGAAAGUGCUUUUACGUGACUCGCCACGUGAAAACUUUCAAAGGCACAAAAAUCGCCAGGCUCGUGCUGGUGAUCAAUUGGAUAGGCCCCCUGCAAACCGUGACGCUCCCCUUUUCCCCUGCCACCACAUAUGGCCUUUUCAUGCUAAGGUACAUUGCAUUUGGUGCGGCUGCAACAACAGCGCGCCGUCAUAAUUUCCCAUUCUUUCCCCCUCCACUUUUGUGCCCCCUCUGUAUGACUGAGCCCAAAUUGAAGCUCAGAUCAGGCACCUCAGGCCUCCCCAGAAAAAUGUGUCUGUGUGUGUGAAAACGCAAUGUAGAAUGCAGCCGGCUGAAUCAUUGUAGGUAUUAUGAAUUUGUCCCCCUCGGUCAGCUUCCUGUAGAGUCAUUGGAGGCAGCAGCAGCAACGACGAGUCUUUACCUUAAGAUUCCAAGGGGGCAAGGUUCCCAUAGCAACUGAUCUGAAUCCUAAUUAAAACAGGAGAUUUGAUUAAUUAGUUCAACGGUGUGUGUGUGUGUGUGUGUGUGUUGCAUGGCUCUCUGUAUGUGGCAUAUGUGUGGGAGUCAUGUUCUCGUGAGUCACAGUGUAUCUUGUGUGUAUAGUUAUGCUAAAUGAGGAGGGGGUGUUAUAUGCUUUUAUGUGUGCGUGUGUGUGUGUGUGUUCAUGAGCCUGUGGGUAAUCCUGUGAAUCACUUCUGUGUUUUCAGCAUGUGUGCUCAUGUGUGUGUUCGUGUAUGUAUGUGUGUGUGUGCGUGUUUCAUGUCUCCCGGGAGGCUUGUCCUUGCCUGCAGUACUACUGUGUGAAUCAGAGGUGAGUCCUCUGGAGUUGCCCUCUGCUUUAAUCUGGAGCUAAUGACAGAACCACCUGCCCUCCUGGCCAUCCCUCCACCCACACCCCCACACACACUCUCACUCCUGCCUCUUCCCCCUCAUAUCUAUCCCCUCUAUCUGUUUGCUUCUCUCCACUCUUCUCCCUUCACCACAGAUCUCAGCCAGCCCUCACAAACCCCCAAAUUCCCACCGCUCAUUGUCUCCCUUUCUCUCCGUCUCCCACACCCAGCCUGUGUUUUUUUCUCCCUCCCUUCUUUUUGCUCCUUCCCUCCCUCUCUUCCCUGCUCUUCUCCUCUCUUCUUUCUACUCUUUCCCACAGUCUACAGGGUGCCCUUGCCUGCCUCUCUGAUUGCCUCAUCUGAGUGCCACUGAGUAACUAGAGACAGGGGGUGUGGCAGCACAGGCCCCAAAGAAAGCAAAACACGUGUUAAGGGACAGCACAACAGUAUGUGAACAAUGUUGUAGCUUUAAGGAGAUUUUCUGACCCGUGGAUUGGCAGGGGAGAGGGACUAAACCGCGUUCUUACUCCUGUCAGUCUGUCUGCUUGUCCUCGAGUCUUGAGUGUGUGUGUUCAUUCGUGCAUGCGAGCCAGUCCCAGUGGAUAUCUCGCAAAACAAAAGCAUAAUUGGAGAGAGCUUGCAAAAAAAAAAAACAAAAACGGGAUGACCGCUUCCUGCAAUAUGUCUACAGAUGGAGGAGAGGAAAACAAAAGAAGGGGGGGGGGGGGAAUCAAAGAAAGAAUGGCAUGUAAACCAGUCUGAAUUGACAAGAGCCCACGGGUGAAUCAAAGAAGGGAAAUAAAGGAGGAAGAGAGAGAAUGAAGAAAGAAAAAAGGGGGAGUGGAAUAGAAGGAAUCUAAGUAUGAUCUGACAGAAAUAAUUCAGAUGGGGGAAAGAGAAAGGCUUUGGAGAAGGAGAAAGCGGAGGAGGAAGAAAGGAGAAGUGGCUGAAAUGAAACAGCAUGAAUCCCCAUCCAUUUCAGCACCGGACAGCUCCACAGACAGCACUAGGCCAGUAUAAAUAGAUCCCCUACUUUAGAAGGGCCCCGUCAACGCUCCAAAAAAGUGCUUUAUGUGCUCAGAGCGGCUCCUGCCCCUAGAGAACAGACACGCAGGUAUCUGAUGGUGCCCGAUAACCAUCUUCUCUCAGUUCCUCUCCGUUUGUUUUCUUAAUUUAGGGAGCCUCUACGGUUCAACGACAGCACCACGGCGAGGAGAGCGAAUGUGUGUGUUUGUGUGUGUGUAUAUAUAUGUGUGUGUUUGUGUAUGCGUGUGUUUUUUCCCAGAUUCUCCGUCACGGGCAAUGUUACACUCCGAGGUAGACGAUAUAGCCUCAGGUCUGGGAUCACAUUACCUCCUGCCACAGCUCUGACAUCACCAAUCACAAAGCUGGGAAUACUAUAACCCAUAAGCAUUACUUAAAGUUUAUUUAUGUGUGUCAGCUGCAGCCCUGCAUGUUAUAAGUGACUUGAAUGUCUGGACGCGACUGUAAGAAAACCUCCACAAAUGCAUGUAAUCACAUGACUGUGCAUACAUGGCCCUGUGUCUGCCAGCCUGUUUCCAUUGUAAGGCAUCGUUAAGUAGCCUUGUGGGGAAGCUGUAAUACAGCCUAAUGCACCUGAGAGCCCUGAAAUCUAUAACCAUCAUCUACAUCUUCCUGAUAUUACUGGAACCGUCUCUGUUACUGUUUCUGAUAGGAAUCUCCAGGGAGAGCUUUCCCCCUCCACUGCUAUAGGGAGAGGGAAGGGAGAGGGAGUGCGUGUGAGGGAGAGAUGCACCUUCUCCAUUUCCUCAAGGUGAUUCACCUUAAUGCACGCUGAAAUCAAUGUGAAAUUGAACUGAAAAUUGAACUUUCAGCUCAGUAAUGUGGAAGACAUGUUGUUAUUAAAUCUUUUCCUAUAGCCAUGAAACCUGCUGACUGAUAUUUGAACGCUUUUGAAUGCUUGUUUUCAACACCACGGCACCAGGGGUGUCCUUGAUGGAGACCCCGCCACCGGUCCACUGGUGGGGUGGGGGGCUUCGCAAGGGGGGGCCUAUACCUGUCACUUUUAAGAGGCGGUAUUGAUUGAGCAGCAGCCACCCCAGCAGGCUGUGAUUAGCCGUUGUGGGAAGUUAAACUCGGUGUCGGGGGGGGGGCUUCAUUGCUCUCAUUCUCCGCGCGGCAUCUGUUGCGCCCACCACCUCCAUUUGGCAGGACAGGUGUUUUGAUGUAGGGGCCGCGCAGACUUCCAGGCCUCCCCUGUAAAAUCCGAUACCCCCCCUCAUGAAAGUCACCAUAGUUUUCCCAACUGAUGCUGCGUGCGUGCGUUCGUUCUCGCGCGCUCGUUCGUUCGUUCGUUCGUUCCCUCGCGCGCGCACGUGAGUACGUGUGAGUGUGUGCGUGCGCGACGAAGCCAGCUGGCACGAGUCGCCAUGGUAACACACACCGGUUUCACGAAAUCCGUCGGUGCUUAAGGGCAAGAGGAGAGAUGAAUAAACUAAUGAGAUUAUAAAUUAUUGUCGGUAUAGCUGAACAGUCAGGGCAUUUUUACCAGACUGCACACGCGGGCAACGUGAGAGGAAAGUUUAUGGGGCCCAUUGUCUGUGACUCUGUUGUGUCUUCUGUAAUCUGUUUAUGAUGAGGAGCUGAACUGGCUCCUCUGGUGAGGAGGAACCCACCCUGCGCGCUUUUAUGCCUCAUAUACAAACUAGCAGUUGCGCGCCGCCUUAUUGCAUGAUUAAUUCCGGCGCCUCCGUUCGCCCCCCCCCCCCCUUUUUUUUUUCCCUCCCUCCUCUUCUAUGAAUUACCCAGUUGUGUUUGAGAUGAAGAGAGGAUUCUCCAUCAUUACGCAGGGCGCUACAACUCCGCGCAUUGCACGCCUGUCCAGCGGUCCAGUGCCGCAGCUCCCACGGGCUGCACUGUGGAGAAGCGGACCUGCAUCCUAAAGCCAAUCGGUUUUUUUUUUCUGCCUCUCUCUCUCCUUCUCUCACUCUCUCCACUCUCUCUCUCCUGGUUUUUAUCCUCCACCUCAUUGCAGUCUUAUCACGUCCCCCCCCUUGCUCUGUCCCCCCCACCACCACCUUCACCGCCCUCCCCACCUCCACCCUCCCUCACUCCCUCCCUCCCCAUCCGCCUCAGCCGCUACAGGAGAGGGAGAGAGAGAGAGAGGGAGAAGAGUGCGGCUGAAUGUGAACGACAUGUCGACAGUCAGCCUCUAAAGUGUUUUCUCGGUCGUUCCCUAAUUCUUUGGCGGCGGACUGAGUGAGUAUUACCCGCAUCCCUGCUCUGCUAAGCGUCGCUGUGUGGAUCAGAGAGGCUGGUGGGGAGAGACAGACAAUGGGGAAUGCAAUUGGAUUGCGUUACUCUGCCAAGGAUUUUCAUACAUAGCCUGGUAAAUGUCUUAAUAGGUUCUGUUAAUGACUAGGCUGUUUAAUUGGUCAUGCUUUAAUUCUGCUAACUAUUACAAUUUGUGUGCUGUAAUGUUAGGGGCUAAUUGAUUUUCUUGGAGGGGCUGUGGGCUAUCCAGGCUGAUAGCCCAAUACAUUUGAUCAGUGAUGGUGCUGCUUUGCCUCCUGAUAGUGCGGGUCUGGUGGUGCUGGUAGGGGGUGGUGGGGAGCAAAGGGGCCCAUGUAAGGAAAAAAAAGCCUGUGUGUGUGUGUGUGUGUGUGUGUGUGUGUGUGAAGCUCGGAGAGAGGCUCCGUGUGUUCUGACGGACAGAGAGGACGGAGAGGUAGACACUGGAAUUAUGUGACAUGAAUAAUAUGGUGAAGAAUAAGCAGUGACCGUCAUCUCUGGUUCGCUUGCGUCAGUGUGCAGGUCUAGAGGAGAGGAGAGAGGAGGAAGAAGAGAGGGAGAGAGGGAAAAGAGAGAGAGAGAGAGAGGAAAAAAAAAAACUCAGUCAGAGAGACUCAAGAAAGACAGGGAGGGAAGCCACACCUGUGUCAGGCCUGUUUUCAGAUGGACAUGAGACAGAGACAGACAGUCAGACAGACAGACAGAUAGAUAGAUAGAUAGUUCUAAAUUCUGCUGUGCUGUCACCAGUCAACACUUAAGUCCUUUCCAUUCUUGUUAACAUAAUGAUGCAGAGCUAUGCCGACUGCUGACUAGUCCACUUGGCUGAUUGGAGAAAGAGGCUCGAGCGUUGACUGUGUUUCUUCCUGUUAAGGAGAGAUGGCCGUCCACCAAAGCAGAAUCUAACAGGAGGGAUCCCAGUGGUCUAUCUGGACUCUGUAUUGAUCUCCUCUAUACAGGGGGCUUCGGGGGCCCAGCGAUAAACAAUGCAUUUCUUGGACGAAAACAAAGACCCCACUGGGACUCUGAAUGGGCUGUAUUUCGUAUUGUAUUCCAAUUUGUCAAACACUAUUGAGCACGUUGGCCUAGAUUGUGCUGUGUUCCAUGUGUGAAGCAUAACAUGCUCCAAACACUGACAUAAAUGGGUGAGUUUCCCUCAUCUUGUAGGAAAAUGACAUGUUUUUUUCCCUUCUGCUCAUGCUUUUUUUUAAAGUGCUGUAGGAAUAGUCCAACAAGUAUUGCAGCAUUACACUGGUUUGUUAUGAAAUCACACACUCAUCUACACGUGUCUAGCUACCUGUGUCUGUACUUGGCAGGCUAUAUAAGCAUACUUUUUGGAUAUGGUUUGACCUUUCUCACAUUGUUUUCUACACACACUCACACACAUACGCAUGUAACUUGGCUCCAUCGCUGUUUCUCUGUGAGGCAGGCGUACAUUGUGUGCAGGGCGAGAGGAGGGCUUUGAUGUAAUCAAUAUCAGAUUUCAGCGGUUUCACUGUGAGCUCUCAUCCUGAGUGGCAGCCUUGACUGACUUCUUACUGCUUAUGCAAUCCCACUCCUCUCUCCCACCUCACCCGUUUCCUCUUCCUUUGUACCUACUCUCUGCCCAUUACUCUUCCUUUAUCUGUCUGUCUCUCCUUUACUCCAUUCCCUCGCCUUGUUCCCAUUUUUCCUCCUCCUCCUCCUCCACCUCUCCCUUCAUCUCUCCCCGUCAUAAUCAUCUCUGUGAUUGCUCUUCCUUUCCCAGGCGGUGAUGUUUUCAAUGCUGCCUCCUUGUCUAACUCGCUGAUGCUAGAUUAUUGCUGUAUGAUUACAGCUACCAUACCAUCAUGAUCAUUAUUGCAUUUCGCAUGGCGCUGUUCAGCACCGUAUGUGCAGAUCGAGAUGCUUUAUCCAAUUUAGAUCUCAUUAAGACUUGAGAGGAAAUAUCCUACUUGCAAGGCCCACAUCUCAGCUGUUUUUCUUUUCUUUUUGUUUUUUUGGUCCUCUUUUUUUUUUUUUUUUGUUUCCAGGACUACUGCAACUCCGUUCCCAUCCUGUUGUUAUUGCAGUGCCAUUCUCAUGAUGGUGAUCAUCAUCAUCAUCACCGCCAGUUCAUGCUCCUGCCCAUCACCGCGCUGCCUUCACAUCAGUCCUUUUGAAAAUUUUGAAGAGUUUUGAUUCACAGCGGUGCUUUCACUCAACCGUCAUUAUCACAAUAAUGAUUAUGACAGGACUCGAUGGCUGUUGAUAACCAAACGUAUUCUUCUGAUUGAUAAUAUGGGGUGUUCUGCGCCUCAUCCUUUCUGUUCUCUGAUUGCCAUUCAUCUUAUUAAAUGGAGCAGUUCAUUAGACAGAAGCAUUAUGAAUCUGAUUUGCAUCCACCCAUAUUCAUAUUGCAUACAUUAAAACAACACAUGCGUGACAUUUCGGCUUCGCCGGGCAUUUGAGAAUGCAGAUGAAUAUAUUCAUUGCGAGCGUCCCCCGCCCCACCUCCCCACUUGUCCAAAAAAGCCACUCUGAAAAUGAUAAAAUGUGAUUCACAGGUGAACUGGCCCAUGUGUUUGCCUUUGUUUUGCAUUUUCAAUGUCAGUAUUUAAAUUUUUAAUUCAGAAGCGGUGCUGUAGCAGCUGAGAGAUUGUUCAAUUUGUUGUUUUUAAAACAACAUUUCCUGCUUUUCUGAACUCUUAAGUUCAAAUACGUCAUCCAUACAGUAUGUUUACUGUGGUUCAGAUCAUAUCACUGCGUACUGUGGCCCUAACCUGGCCUAUACAUCAUUAUUUCAAUGUAAUGUAAUUCUUUCCCCAUGGCACUCCAGUCUGUGUGAUUUAACUUUUAUUUUCCAUCUGCUUCAGUAUGCUUGUGAUGUAUCAUCAAUCUGAUUCAUCUUGAACUGACUUUUGCUUUUUUUUCCUCCCUGUCUCUCUCAACCAUGUGUGUGUGUGUGUUUAUGUGUGUGUGUCUGUCUGUGUGAAUGUACGCUCUGGGGGUGGGGGGGCAUGCCUCUCCGCGCAGUGCGGUGAAGGGCCGAUGUCGGGCCGUAGCCCCAGGCUGCUAAGCUGAGAGGGAGAAGCAGGAGGAUGCAGUGGGUCGCUCUGGCAGUGGCCCUGGGGUGUGUGUGUCUGUCCCGGGCGUCACACACCCCCACCCCCACCCCCACCUCCACACACACCCCUCUAGUGGACAACUCCGAGGAGGAAGUGGACGAGCCGUGCUUCGAGCCGUGCACGUGCGAGGUCAAGGAAGGCGUGCUGCACGUGCACUGCGAUGGGCGGGGCUUCACUAAUGUCAGCCAGGUGUCACAGUCGUGGGUCCGCCCUUUCAAACUCAACCUCCAGAGGAACUCUCUGAGGCGUCUCUAUAGCAACGGGUUUCUGCACCUUGGCAACGCAGUGUCGAUAAACCUUGGUAACAAUGCACUCCAGGACAUCCGAGUGGGAGCUUUCCACGGGCUGGCCAAACUGAGACGCCUGUACCUCCACGAGAACAAGCUGGAGGUCUUCAGAAAUGACACCUUCGCCGGCUUAGAGGCUCUGGAAUACCUCCAGGCCGACUACAACGUGAUCAAACGAAUCGACAGCGGUGCUCUGAGGUUCCUCUACAAGCUCCGGGUUCUCAUCCUCAAUGACAACCUGAUCCCUGUCUUGCCUGCUCAUCUGUUCAGAUCCGUGUCUCUGACUCAUCUGGACCUGCGGGGAAACCGUCUGAAGAGCCUGGCAUAUGCUGGGACCCUGGAGUACGUCGGUCGCUCCCUGAUGGAGAUACAGCUGGAGGAGAAUCCUUGGAACUGUGGCUGCGAGGCAGUGCAGCUCCAGCAGUGGCUGGGUCAGAUCCCCUACACGGCUGUGGUCGGGGACGUUACCUGCGAAUAUCCUUUCCACCUGCACGGCAAGGACCUGAGGGAAAUUCCCCGGAAGGAGCUGUGCCGACCUACCGGACAAAGAGCUGCAAGGAGAGGCAGGCGGUCCGUCGGCGGGAUCGCAGCCCCAACAUUUGCCCCCUAACUCUAAACCCAACUCCCAUCCCGGGAGAGUCAGGCCGACUAAGCCCUCCUCUAUGGUGCACGGCUCCCGCCAGAACACUCACACCUCCUCCACUUCAUCAUCUUCCUCCUCAG